AUACCAUUCCAUUUGAUACCACCACUCAUCUCAACCUUUGAAUUCAAACAUUUCCCCAAAUGGCUUCAACCUUCAACAUCUUUCUUCCCCUCAUCUUCCAUGCUUUGAUUUGCAUUACAUCUGCAGUCCCUAACGUUCGAGCUCCCUUCAACCCUAAUUCACUCAUCCUGCCGGUGCGCAAAGACCCCGCAACCAACCUCCAUGUGACCAGCCUCCGCAAGAGAACUCCUUCCGUGCUGGUGCCACUUCUUCUUGAUCUAGACAGCCGAUUCUUGUGGGUCACUUGCGACCAAAACUACUCGUCGUCAACCUAUCAUGCUCCCUUCUGCCACUCCACUCAGUGCGACCGGGCAGGCGUGCACUACUGCCAUAAAUGCAGGCUCCCUCCCGCCGGCUGCCAUAACAACACAUGCGGUGUACUCGUCACCAACCCCUUCACUGAAAAGCAAACGAUCAGUGAAGUUGCACUAGAUGUGGUCUCAAUUCAGGCAAUCGAUCAAGCCUCCAAUCGUAGCCAAUGGGUCACCAUUCCUCACUUCCUGUUUGCUUGUGCACCUUCAUCACUUCUGCAAGGACAAUACCCGCAAGCUGUUCAGGGAGUAGCUGGACUUGGUCAUACAGCAGUUGCUUUGCCGAUACAGUUGGCUUCUAAUUUCGGCUUCCGGCCUCAAUUUUCCUUGUGCCUCUCUUCCUCCACGACAGAAGAUGGUGGGGUCUUUUUCGGAAACCUACCGUCCAAAGUACAGCCAAGAACUCUAACUUACACCCCAGUAACCAUCGGUGCGCAAGGAGAGUACUAUAUACUGGUAAAAUCAGUGAGGAUCAACAACCAAACUGUCCCAUUCAAUACUUCUUUGCUCUCAACAACCAGAGGCUUUGAAGGGACACUGAUAAGCACAACUACGCCUUACACAACGCUGGAGCACUCAGUUUUCAAGACCUUCACCAAGUUCUUUGCCGACCAACUAGCGGGAGUGCCGCAAGUGAAAGCAAUACCGCCUUUCGGCCUAUGCUUCAAUGCAAACAUCCUUCCACCAACAAGGGUGGGUACUCCCAACAUUGAUUUUGUCAUGCAGAACAAGAAUGUCACCUGGACAUUUUUGGGAGUGGAUGCGUUGGUGAGAGUAAGACCAAACGUAUCUUGUUUGGCGUUUGUCGAUGGUGGGUCAGAUCCCAGAGCAGCAAUCACCAUUGGUGCAUAUCAGCUGGAGGGUAACUUUGUUCACUUUGAUCUAUUGAGAUCUCGAGUGGGUUUUUAUCCUUCGCGGCUCUCCCAGCUGUUUCGUUGUUCUAGCUUCAACUUCACCGGUGCCAGUCCCGCACUGGAGGUGGACGCGACGGGAGAGUAGAGCUUUUCUGCUGUGCCGGAGUUCGACGUCUACACAUAUAUAUAAAUAUGUAUGUAUGUAUGUGUGUGUACAUACAAGAGUUUAUAUGAACCUUGCUAGCUAGCUUUCCUUGGUGAGUGAUAUGGAGAUAGCUUUACUUGUAAAUUUCAACCACUCAUCAUUUGUAACAUAUAUACUUAUUAGCAUCUAAAUUUAUGGCUCAUAGUUUCA